AGCUAUUGCAAUGUCAGCCUUUGGCUCGUACUUUUGCAUAUAGUCUUCGUUUUUUCAUAUGGUGGUUCCAUUUGCUGGUGGUUUUCUAUGUGGUGCACCUAAAUUCAAUAUAACCGUUACUAGAUGAGUGACAGUGUAAAAAUCCCGUUAAAAUCUGCAUGACCAUUUCUGAUCUGAAGUAUCCUAAAUGAGAGAUGGAAAACCCACCAGGACUAUCACAAUGAGUCUCCGGAAGCAAACCCCUAGUGACUUCUUAAAACAAAUUAUAGGAAGGCCUGUUGUUGUAAAGUUAAAUUCUGGAGUUGAUUAUCGAGGUGUCCUGGCUUGCCUGGAUGGGUAUAUGAACAUAGCUCUGGAGCAGACAGAAGAAUAUGUAAAUGGUCAAUUAAAGAACAAAUAUGGGGAUGCAUUUAUCCGAGGAAAUAAUGUUCUGUAUAUAAGCACACAGAAGAGGAGGAUGUGAAGAUGCCUAAAGAGAGAGGUUUUGUACUGCUGCAUUUUUUCCUAAAUGAUGAGAACUGUUUGAUUUGUAGUUAGUAAUUCUUGGUUGAACAAUACAACUGUUUAAAUAUUUCUGUUAUUUGCUGUAAAGCUGGAUUUACUGCAGUGACUAUGGAGAGAAGGGGUUUUUUUAAUUCCAAACUACCAAAAUACAAUUGUAAACUUUCCUGAACACUUGUUGUGAAAAAGUGCUUUGUUACACUGUACAGAAUUAAAUAAAAAAUGGAAAAGU